GACGUGUGCUCAUGACGGGACAAGGAUGCGAUUGUAACCUGACAUGACCACGUCCGUGGACACCUAACGUGAAGGAGAGAAGAGAAAAACAAAACAAACUUUGGUUACAGUUUGCUACGUCGGAAAUGAGCGAGAGGAAAGUUGGCGUCGAGCAGUGAGGAGCAGGGGGAGGAGGAGGAGGAGUAGAGACUGCACACCUGGAGACGACGUCGGACCUUCAAGUAGGAAACCUCAAGGCGAAACGAUGGCCGAACACGAGAGCCUCGAGUUCGGCAUGGCCGACUUUGUGCUUCUGGACAACGUGUCCAUGGAGGACUUCAUGGCCAACCUCAAGCUCAGGUUCGAGAAAGGCCGAAUCUACAGUUACAUCGGCGAGGUGGUGGUGUCGGUCAACCCUUACCGCGCCAUGAACAUCUACGGCCGGGACGUGGUGGAGCAGUAUAAAGGCCGCGAGCUCUACGAGAGGCCGCCGCACCUCUUCGCCAUCGCCGACGCAGCCUACAAAGCCAUGAAGAGGCGCAACAAAGACACCUGUAUUGUCAUCUCAGGGGAAAGCGGGGCCGGGAAGACGGAAGCCAGCAAGUACAUCAUGCAGUACAUCGCCGCGAUCACCAACCCCAACCAGCGGGCUGAGGUGGAGCGGGUGAAGAACAUGCUGCUCAAGUCCAACUGCGUGCUGGAGGCCUUCGGGAACGCCAAGACCAACCGCAACGACAACUCCAGCCGAUUCGGCAAGUACAUGGACAUCAACUUUGACUUCAAGGGAGACCCCAUCGGCGGACACAUCAACAACUACCUGCUUGAGAAGUCAAGAGUGAUUUUUCAGCAAGAAGGAGAAAGGAGCUUUCACUCCUUCUAUCAGCUGCUGAGAGGAGCUCCCGAUGCUCUGCUGCGCUCUCUGCACGUUCAAAGGGACCCCAAAAGCUACAACUACAUCAAAGUGGGCGGCCAGCUCAAGUCGUCCAUCAACGACGGCGCCGAUUUCAAAGCCGUGGCCGACGCCAUGAAAGUGAUCGGCUUCAUGGGCGAUGAGGUCCUAACGGUUUACAAGAUCCUGGCCACCAUCUUACACCUGGGAAACUUGACGUUCGGCGUGGACGGUGACGUGACGUUGAUCGAGAGCACCAAACUGGUAUCGGUGAUGGCCGAGCUGCUGUCCACCAAGCAGGACAACGUGGAGAAGGCGCUGCUGUUCCGCACGGUGGCCACGGGCCGCGACGUCAUCGAGAAGCAGCACACGGCGCAAGAGGCCUGCUACGGGCGCGACGCCCUCGCUAAGGCCAUGUACGAGCGACUCUUCUGUUGGAUUGUGGGGCGCAUCAACGACAUCAUUGAGGUGAAAAACUAUGACGCCAGGGUCCACGGAAAAAACACAGUCAUCGGAGUUCUGGAUAUUUACGGCUUUGAGAUUUUCCAGAACAACAGCUUUGAGCAGUUCUGCAUCAACUAUUGCAACGAGAAACUGCAGCAACUCUUCAUCCAGCUGGUGUUGAAGCAGGAGCAGGAGGAGUACCAGCGCGAGGGGAUCCCGUGGAAACACAUCGACUACUUCAACAAUCAAAUCAUCGUGGACCUGGUGGAGCAGCAGCACAAGGGCAUCAUCUCCGUGCUGGACGAAGCCUGCAUGAACGUGGGCAAAGUCACGGACGAGCUCUUCCUGCAGGGACUCAAUGGCAAGCUGGCCAAGCACGCCCAUUACACCAGCCGCAAGCUUUCGCCGACCGACAAGAAUUUGGAGUUUGACCGAGACUUUCGCAUCCGACACUACGCUGGAGAUGUGGUCUACUCUGUGGUGGGUUUCAUCGACAAGAACAAAGACACUCUGUUUCAGGACUUCAAAAGGCUGCUCUACAACAGUACCAACCCUGUGCUGAAGGCCAUGUGGCCCGAGGGCAAGCUGAGAAUCACAGAGGUCACCAAGCGGCCGCUCACCGCCGCCACGCUCUUCAAAAACUCCAUGAUCUCCUUGGUAGAGAACCUGGCGAGCAAGGAGCCCUACUACGUACGCUGCAUCAAGCCCAACGACGUCAAGUCGCCGCUGCUCUUCGAGCACGAGCGUUGCCGCCACCAGGUGGAGUACCUGGGCCUACUGGAGAACGUACGAGUGCGCCGCGCCGGCUUCGCCUACAGACAGACGUACCCGAGAUUCCUGCAGAGGUACAAAAUGAUCUCGGAGUUCACGUGGCCCAACCACGACCUUCCCUCGGACAAGGAGGCCGUCAAGCGGCUCCUGCAGGGCUGCCGCUUUGACGACGACGUGGCCUACGGGAAGACCAAAGUGUUUGUGCGCACGCCGCGCACGCUUUUUAGCCUGGAGGAGCAGCGCUCCGAGAUGCUCCAGAGGAUCGUCAUCUUCCUGCAGAAGGUGUGGAGGGGCACCAUCGCCCGCAUCCGGUACCGGCGCAUGAGGGCCGCCCUGGUCAUCCUGCGGGCCUACCGCCACUACAAGGUCAAGUCGUACAUCCAGGAGCUGAACCGCCGCUUCUGCAACGUGCGCUCCAUGAAGGACCGCGGCCGCCACGUCAAGUGGCCCACGCCGCCCAAAGUUCUGCGCAAGUUUGAGGAUUCGCUCAGGAGCAUCUAUAACAGGUGGUGGGCAUGGACGCUAAUCAAAGGCCUGAAUGCAGAGGAGACUCUGCAGGUGAGAGCCAAGGUGGCCUGCCUGGAGGCCCUGAAGGGUCACAGGGUCGACCUGGGACUGCAGCGCGCCUGGGAAGGAAACUACCUGAAGCGAGACAGCCCCGACAGCACCGCAUCCUUCACGUUGGUCUCCAGCGAGUUGCAGCGCAGAGACAAAUUCAUGCGGGUCUUGUUUGCGUGCAACGUACGCAAGAUCAACCACUUCCACAAGGCGGAGGACCGAGUUGUGCUCAUCACCGACCGCCACUUGUAUAAAAUGGACCCUCUCAAGCAGUACAAGCCCAUGAAGAGCAUCCCGCUUUACAACGUGACGGGCAUGAGCGUGUCUCCGGGCAAGGACCAGCUGGUGGUUUUCCAUACCAAGGACAGCCGGGACCUGGUGGUGUGCCUGCAGGGCCUGGUGCCCGCCAACGAGAGCCGCAUCGGCGAGCUGGUCGGCGCCCUCCUCAGCCACUUCAAGAGCGAGCGCAGGAAGCUGCAGGUGAACGUCAACAGUCCCAUCCACUGCAGCAUGAAAGGCCGCAAGUGCACGGUGGUGGUGGAGCCCAAAAUCAACCAAUCGCAGCCCGACUUCACCAAGAGCCGCGCCGGCUACGUGCUGGCCGUCCCCGCCAACUGAAGGGCGCCGAGUUGGCGGGCGGCGGCGACGACCACGACGAUGCCCUCAGCAAACCGGAAAGGUGAUGGACUGCUUUUCUCUGUUCUGGGCGGGGUUUUACUGAGUUGUCCAAUCGCAGCGUUAAAAAGUUCGCACUGCUGGAUCAAUCACCAAAGUGAUGUUCUCCACCCCCCCACACCCUCGCUUUUUUUUUUUUUUGCUAUGUGCAAUAUUGUUCUCUUUUUAUUGUCAAUCCACGAAUGACUUUUAUGUUUGUGAAGGAUGUUAAAAAAAAUGUUAAUUAUUAAUGGUCGUCCAUGCCAAAGGUGUUUCUUGACAUUUUAGUUGGGCUGUGUUGACCACGCCUGCAAUUUAAUUAAAAUAAUUUAAAAAAUUGCACGACGAUGUGACUUUUCCAUCCCGGCAAAAAUACGUCUGUUCAUAAAGAUUACGAGGGGACUUUGCACCCUAAAAGUUCUGCUCGGAAAUGUCGCGUAAACCCGACAAGCCAAACACUAUAAUUAUUAUUAUUAUUAUUUUCAUAAAUGCAUGGUUAAAAUGAAUACACGCGAGUGCGCUGUAAUGAAGGGAAUCUCAGUCGAAUCAGAUGUUUUUUUUUUUUAUGUCAGUCCGCGUUAGCCGGCAUGCUAACAGAUGCGAAUGGAUUUAAGACCGAAAGGAGCCGCACACGCAGACGCACCCGCCAUGUUGUGUGACAAAGUGAAGUGUGAGCCAAAGGUCGUCGUGGUUUGUGUCCAGCGGUGUGGCGCCCAAGCGGCGAGUACGUGCGCUCGAGUCCCUGAGCCGCUCGUUAGCCCGAUAUUCCGCGCUCGGCCUCGGGAGCAACUUGCACACAGUCACGCCAAGAAAGGGUAAAGGAGGACUUCCUUCCUCUUUAGUUCCUUUCUCCCUUCCUGUUCUCCUUACGCCCUCGUCUGCUUCUUACUUCAUUCUGACCCUCCCUAAAAGUCUCAAAAUUGGAGCGGCGACACGUACCUAAAAAUCGGGUGAUAUCUGCCAACGUGACCAAACAAACUGGACUGUUUGCGCGUUGGCUGUAUGCCUUCAAGGGGCGUGGCCUUGCCAAUGGCAUCCGAUUGGCCCGUUAGUCUGAGUCUGGGCGUCGAGUUGUGGCCAGCAGCAGCAUCCACUUGUGGGUGGGGCUCUCCUUGCCCACAUGGGCGGGCAUCACUUCAAUUCUGCCAUUUUAUUUUUUGUAUCACUCCGGUCCAACUAAAGUGACUCAAUCGCUCCCAAGCCGGGACGCUUGUAAGUCAAGGUGCCUCUGGAACCGUAACGAGAUGCGCACUUGAAAUGACUCCCAUGUUGCACCUGUGCCAAGUACCCGUCGUUGGUUUUCCAUCGCGUGUGCGCCAAAAUUCCGUCAUUGCCCAUUAUUUAUUUGGUGGUAUUCAUGCGGUCACAUGUGCCUCAUUUGAUAUCCUUUCUGUAUUUGUCAUAUUCUCAGAGCAAUAAAUAAACCCUACAUGCAGUACUUGAUAUGCAGUCUUGUAUGCAAAUGUUUUCUUCGGUCACUCGAGUAAAAUCAAAUGUGUGUGUGUGUGUGUGUGUGUGUACAGGAAGUUGGUGACGACGAAUCACUGAUGUCUGUUAAUUAAGUGACGCGGUAACCACAAACGCCCCCGUUCCCCCUCCUAAGCAUCCACCCCCAAAGUCCGCGCUGCCCGCUUAUUGUCGCCGUGACAACAGCGCUUCAUGCCUGUCAUCGCGGGCGGCUCUAAUUGGCUCCCGGUGAGGACUGGUUAGCGCUUCGGGCCGCUGACUCAGUAACUCACCUUGGUGUUCUUUUGCCCACCAGCAGGGAUAUAUAUUCCCUCCCCCAAACUAAUUGCACGCGAAACACAACCCCACACAUGAGUGGAACGAUCGGUGCAUUUUAUUUGGAUGUUAUUGUUCAUCACAGUACAAAAAUAAAUGAUAAUAAGCCGAACCGAGAAAUGAAAUCAGGAACAGCAACAGCUUUUUUUUUUUUUGAUUUCCUUUUUUAAUUUUUUUUCAAUAUUUUUUGGAAAAAUGUGACAUUUUAAUAACAAUCAAGAGCCCUGAAGCCCCUCCCUCCCCCGCAACCUCGCAAGCCAGCUUUGUUUCCACGCAAUCGUCUGUACAAACACAUUCGCGCACAUACUCACACACGACCUUGUCUGCGCUAACGCGAUCUAUUUACAAUGUACGCAACAAUAGACACAAAAAUCUGCAAUUUUGUUGUCCCCCCCACCCCCAUACACACACACACCCUUUUUUUUUUAAGCUUGUCAACUGACUCGAUAAUGCAAGUGGAGGUAAAAGAUGCUUUUUGUUUGUCCAUGAUACAUUUUCGUUGAGUUUCCAACAAACAUCACCUUUAAGAUGCCCACCUACCUGCCCCCUACCAUAUCACACAGCUCGGUAUCCAACCAAAGGGUGCCAAAGAAGUGGGACGUGGGAGCCAUUUUUUUUUUUUUUCUUUUCACUUCCAACGAUUUGCACUUCCAAACUGCUUGGUGGAAAGUUGACGUGGGAAAUCACCUCCAAAAAGUCAAACGGGAAAGAUUUAGAAGAUAAAAACUCGAAGGACGGCUAUAAUAUUGGAGAAUUGUUGUGGUGGCGCUGGUCAGAUUGUUCCCGCGAUAAAUCCUCAACCAGAAGCAAUCUUCAUUCCCGCCAAAGAUGAGAGAAAAAAAAACGCAGAAGCUCGAAUGUUCACGGAGCUGAGGUGAUGGCACUGUCCACGCGAGACGACGAGCACGCUAAGUCGCAAAAAUGUGAGCAGGCAGAGCUAAAAUCAACACGAAUGCAGAGCAUCAAGUCCCCAAAAAAAGAAGAGGAGAAAGGUUCGUUGCUCUCAGGUGGCUGGCACGCGUGCAAAACCAUGAAAUUCUAAUCAUCAUCAUCAUCAUCAUCAUGAAUUAUUACAAAAGAAAAUGAGCUUGUUCCAGAAGUGCCGUAAAUAAAAAGCAAUAAAUACGCUCCACACAGCUGUGAAAACAUCCACUAACUUGUCGUAUUAGAUGGAGGAGGAAAAAAAAAAAGUCUCGACGAUGCAACGUUGCGUCCCAGCGUUUCCCCGCUUUGUCUAGUCCGAGAGAACGCCCCCCCUCCC